UGCUGUGUGAUCUGCCUCUCUGAGAUUACAGAGCCAUGUGUGGCAGUCCCAUGUUCACAUCGUAACUUCGAUUUCAUCUGUCUUGCAACAUGGCUGCAGGCAGACACACGCUGUCCGCUCUGCAAGGCAGAUCUCGUCGAAGUUCGGUUGGACCCCGCCCAGGGGGAAGAGAACCGGAAGAAAUACAAGUCUGCGCAUCCAUCAGAAAUGGAGACUCGUGCCCAAAAUGCCCUGAGGUUCCGCCGCAAGGUCUACAGCCAGCGGCUUUAUUCGCUUCAUGUUGGCUCAAGCCUGUCGACUCGCUUCAGGGAAUGGACACGCGACGAUAUCGUCGAGGGGUCCGAGAUGUUGGGUCGUGCCCGGGCUUGGAUUCGGCGGGAGCUGCAGGUGUUCCGUCACGUACUCAGUGGCGGCGAAGGCGAAGAUAUAGACACUGCUGAAGAUGGCCGAAAGCGCAGGCGACAGAAGAAUGCAGCUUUCGUGCUCGAGUACGUGGUUGCUGUUCUGAAGACAGUAGACCUUCAGGCCAGCAACGGCCAUGCUGGGGCACUGCUAGCUGAUUUCAUAGGAAGGGAGAAUGCUGUGCUUUUCUUGCAUGAGCUCCACAACUUCCUCAGAUCACCUUACAGUGUGGAAGAGUGGGAUAUGCACGCACAGUAU